ACAGAGUAUAAAAAGACCCACGGGGAGGCCGGGCCUUCAGAGGAACUCUUCACUAGAAAGCAAGAGAGCCACACUAAGAACAGACCGACUGAUCUUUUUCUAGUUGCUGCAUUUGAAAACUUCUGCAGAGACCAUGAUGAAAUACUAUCACUGCCCUGCAUCCCAGACCUUGGGAAUCAAACCUUGCAGCCAGGACAUCCCAAUCACCUGCAGAGGCGCUGCUUCUCUGAAGCCAAUCCGAAGUGUCCACUUCCCCAAUGACAUCCUUUUCCAGGACUAUGUGCGACAGGGCGAGCUAGAAAGGAUUGGACGCUUCAUCCGAGCCCAGAGAGUGACGCUCGACACCAUUUACCACUCCGGCAUGGCUGCAAUCCACGAGGCCGUCCUGUCUGGGAACCUGGAGUGUGUGAAGCUCCUGGUCCAGUAUGGAGCAGAUAUCCACCAGAGAGACGAGGAGGGAUGGACCCCUCUGCACAUGGCCUGCAGUGAUGGCUUCCCAGACAUCGCACGCUUUCUUCUCUCCCUGGGUGCCGACCCCGAGCUGGAGAACGACUGCGGGGAGAAGCCGGCUGAUCUCAUCGAUGAGGACAACAAGGAGCUGCUGGAGCUUUUCGGGCUAGCUGCCAACGACUGAGACUCCCUGAAGCAGCCUUUAAACCCUGAAAAUCGUCUGCUCUGCAGGAAUGGUUAGGCAAAGCCACGUCGGUCCAGGAUCCUGACUCUGUGAGGUGCCUCAACUUUGAUCCAGGACUGCGGAGGUCUGGUGGAAGGAGGGCUGACAGAGCUGGUCUGGAUGCCCUCUGAGUGGAGUCGAUGUUCGCUGGAAGGAGGACUCCACCUAAAACUCCAGCAGCACAGAUUUGUUGUUUCCUGUCAGAGCUUCAGAUCUUUUUUUUAAAUGCUGUGAACGAAAUCAAUCUUUGGAUUUUGUUUGGUAGAAACUUUACGACUUUUGCCUGUUGAAAGCUUUGAACUAACAAAACCAAACAGGCUGCAGUGUGUGCAGUGUGCGGCUUAUCAAGUUGGUUACUUGUGCCUUUUGAUUAUUGUGAGUUAAAUGUUCUCUUUAUAGUCUUUUGUAUGACUUUUUAUACUUAUUUUUUAAAUAAAGUUUAUCAGUUUGUCUGA